UGACGUGCAACUAGGAAGUUUAGAACGGUUGACCGGCCAGCGUUUCGUUAAAGCCGUGGAUAUUUGUCCGACAUAUCAGUUUUGUUUUCGGUUCAGAUAUACAUUUUUUUAAUUAUGGAAAUUAAAACGGAUGUCCUAAUUCUUACAGUGUUGUUUCUGGCGACAGUGCCCUUACAAAAUGUUGUUUGGGCGCAACUAAUCGGUGCUGAUUUCGAGAACGCAAUUGUCGUCUCUUCUGUGAUGAGAAAUAUAUUUGCGACACAAAAUAAGCACAUAAACCUGUUACCAGGAACCUUGUAUGAUGCUGGCAAUAUUACUACUACACAUAGUUUUGCAUUGAGGGACUUCAACACAAGGCUGCUCAACAUUGAUGUCGACUAUGCAAGAAAUAGACUAUACAUUUACGACUUAAACACGGCUUCUAUAUAUGCAGUGGAGAACUUCAACUGGAGAGGAGAUUUUUCCAACCUUUCCUUGACUGUAAUUCAUUCUGGUUUAUCAAGGUAUUCUACUCGUAUAUCCGUAGACUGGGUCUCAAACAAUAUAUAUUGGACGGAUGCUUUAUAUGGUUGGAUUGUUGUUCAGUCUGCAGACAAAGAAGACGAGUACAAAAUUCUGGUAGACAAUGACAUUGAAAAGCCUUACGCAUUAGUGGUUGACCCCAUUAGCAAGUAUAUGUUUUGGAGUGAUAUUGGUCGCACUGUGAAGAUUGUACGGGCGUCUUUAUCAGGUACUGACCAGAAAGCUAUCGUCACAACUGGGUUAGCGUUCCCGACCAGUAUUGCCAUUGACCAAGAGGAUAGCCGAUUAGUUUGGGUAGACGCGUCACGUGACACUCUUGAAACCAGCGAUUUAAACGGGGCUUCGCGGCGUGUUAUUCGCAGAUUGUCACACACGGAAUUCUAUGACGUUGCAGUGUUUAAGGAUCUGGUGGCUGUAAUAGAAUUGAAAAAUGGAACUUUAUUAGUGUUUAACAAAAAUACAGGUGAACUUUUUCAAACCCUCGGACUGACAGGUGGUGAACCUUUUGUUGCUGUUACACUAUAUACUGCAGAAAUUCAACCGCCGCAAGUUGAUGGUUGUUCAAGUUUCGGUUGUAGCCACAUUUGUAUAAACGAGAAGAAUGGUCCAGUAUGUUUGUGUAAAGAAGGCUAUACUCUCAAUCAAGAUGGCGUUUAUAAAACAUGUUCAGAGAACCUAGGUGCAUACCAUCGUGCGGUUGUGACUUCCAAUGCCAGUAGCAUUUGCUUAAUGGAUUUUCGAACUCUAACAUCAAACGUCAAUGCAAACAUUUCAGAAUGCUUCCUAAAAGGUGGAACCGCCAUCUCGCAAUUUGACAUUGAUAUGAAUGAACGCAAGCUAGUGUAUGUUGACGGCAGAGAAAUAAUCAGUGUCAAUAUUGGUGCGAAUCCCGUAAAACAGAGACUGCUAUCAGCUACAGUAGCUAUUACAGGUAUUGUCAUUGACUGGCGAGAUAACAACGUGUACUGGUGUAUGGGUGGACUCGCAGGUAAAAUCAGCGUGGUUUCACAGGAAACAGGAAUGGGAUACAACUUGAUCACAACUAAUCUUGCGUACCCGAAACAUCUCAAUAUUGCCCCCUUUCACAGUAUUUUGGUAUGGAUAUCAGGGUCAGCUGGUUCACAGAAAGUAGAAAAAGCUGAAUUAGAUGGUUCAAAAAGAGUUACAUUGUUUACCAGUACGUCGUCGGUUGAUAUGAGAGGAUUAACGAUUGAUUUAUCAACUGCCACUAUAUACUUCAUUGAUAAUACCCAAGUCAAAAGUUGUGACUUUGAGGGGAAACAAUUGACGACAUUAGCGCCGACAUCAACUUUAAUGUCACCGAUGCUCGUCCUGUCUUACAAGAAUUUUCUGAUCGUUGCCGACGAUUCUUUCGCUAGCAAUGUUAUAAAGGUUUUUGAAAAGAAAUCUGAACCAGUAUUAAAAUACCAGAUGUCCAACAUUGACUUGGUUUCGAUGACGGACUUUCAUGUGCUAGAUGAAGCACUGCAGUCUGAGCAGCAGGGUCCAUGUGCUAUACUCAACGGAGACUGUGAACCAGAUUUGCAUUCCAAUCGGCAGAAAUAGGAUUUGUCAGUGUGAAUACGGGUACCAGCUUGACUUAGACAAGAGGAAAUGUUCUUCAACUCCUAUGACAGACAAUUUUCUCGUUGUAACUGACUGGACACAUAAUACAAUAUAUCAGGUGUCCCUAGUUAACGAUGAGGUCAGAGCUAUUGACACGGAUACUUUCGGGAGCCCAAUCGCUAUUGCUUAUAAUUUUAUCACAAGGCAGCUAAUGUGGAGUACCAACGAAUUAAUUCAUCAACUUAGUCUGGAAAAUCAUAAUUAUCAUGUUUUCUUUAAUACGGAGCUACUAGGGUGCCAUGCAGAUCGUUUCGCUAUCGACUACCCGAGUGGAAACUUAUACUACACCGCUAACCCCACUUCACAGACAGGGUUUGUUGGAAUUGGUGUUAUAUCAACUAAUAAUCUUCACAAACGUGUCCU